CGUUCAUCUUCAGUCAACGCUACGGCUGGUCACGGCUGUAUUGACGCGGUUUCCAGGUUGUCGGGUUCUUCGGGGAUUUGAAAUGUACAUCUACGUAUACAUUUAAUUAUUGCAAGUCAAUCAAUCGAUACUGAUGCGCUAAUCCGUCGUGAUAUCAUAGAUCUAUAAUACUCUUCUAUUUAUCCCAUAAUAUUUUUUUCUUGAUUAAUUCAAUGACGUUAUUACACUACUCGACGAACGAUUGUUGGAUACAAGGUGGACGGAAGUGUUUGUGUGUAAAGUGACGUAAAUUUUCAACUCAAUGCUUGAAUCUAAAUUCACUAGAAAACAGUUAAUAUUAUACGGAAAUGAAUUGCAAUGGGGGGCCACGAGUUGGUGAGGACACUUACACCUCCAUGAGCAAUAAGCCAAUAAUUACCUAUGCAGGAGACAGAGAAUUGUUUUUGACAUUGGAAAAUUCUCUAGCACGAGCUCUGCCUUUGAAUUCCGCAGAAUGGCGCAGGUCCUUUGGACGACCAGAUAAACAAGUCAUCAUCGAAGGAUCCUUUGUACAGUUCUCAAAAAAUAUCUUACCGACUGAAAAGGAUUGGCACCUCAUUAAGCAGCCCAUAUUUCAUAUUUAUUGGAGCGAAUGUUCUGAUGUUGAUGUUUACAAAACAUCGAUAAAAGAUGAUAUCGAUGCCUGGCUAAAGACUCUGGCGCAAUAUAAUGUUCAAGAUUGGAUGAUUGUUUUGGUAGAAACCUAUGAUCUCAAAAAAAGUAACAAAUUACUUCCUAGAACUACCGUGCUAGACAAAAUUCGUAGCGAUUUUGCAUCCAAGCAUGGAGAUAGAUGUUUGUCAAUCAUAAAUCCAAUAAAAUCCGAGUCCAGAUCUGCUGAGUCUUGGCGAGGGUUAAUAAUCCGGAUACGGCAUUUAGUUCUUACUGCUUAUGACAGAACGCUUUUGCGUUUUGAAGAAGUCGUCAGAAAACAGAGAGAAAAGCGGAACCAAGCAGGCUGGAAUUUUUGUCAUUAUUUCUUGCUGCAGGAAGAACUUGCUUUUGUAUUAGAGAUGUUGGGCCUUUAUGACGAAGCUCUAGUACAAUAUGACGAAUUAGAUGCGCUCUUUACUCAAUUUGUCUUGAAUUCUAACGUUGGAGAUACUCCGGUAUGGUUGAGCUCUUUUCAGAGUCCGCUCAAUAAUUGGGUUGGCGUUAAUUUAGAAAAUGGAAUAGACCAUCAUCUGCGUCUAUGUUUAGCUGAAUGCAAAGCUUCUCUUUUAGAUCUACGGAGUUAUUUAUUCAGCAGACAAUCCGCAAUGCUGCUAUUAAUCAACAAGCCCUGGGAGGUGGCACAAAGAUGUUUGUCCUUCGUUCACAAUACUCUGGGUGAGCUACGAAUUUUAGAAAUACAACGACCAGAGGGAGCUGUUGAGUGUUGGGCUUUUCUAUGUGCAUUAGAAGUCUUGCAAAGUUGCCAAGGAUCUAGCACCAAUCUUGAUAAUGGACAACAGCUCGAUCUGUGUUCCCUUCAUACUGCUAGCCUCUGGGCACUGGCCAGGGAUAAACUCGGAGACCUUGGAAAACUCUGCGGUCUCCUACCAGGUAAUGAACCGACCAGUGAGCAGCUACAUACGAUUGUUUAUUUGAUUGCUGGAAUGGGAGAUCCGGACCCCCAAGCCCAAAGGAAACUGACACCGACCGACAAACUGAAAGAAGCAUUAUCCUCGAAAGAGGCAUUUAAAAAACAGUACUUGGAGCACGCCGAAUUAGCUAUGGGUACUUACAAGCAUGUAGGUCGCAUCAGAUCUGCCAGGCUGAUCGGCAAAGAACUAGCUCGUUUUUACAGUGAACUUGGAGAGAACCAAAAAGCUGUAGCAUUUUUAUCCGAUGUAUUGAAAACUUAUAACGAUGAGGGCUGGCACCAACUAGCUGCACAGACGCAAUUGGAACUAGCACAGUGCUACAAAAGAAUGGAUGACGUUGAAAGGUACACUAAAAUAUGUGCAGCUAUUGCGAGUUUGACGUCAUUGCACGUAACGGUACGAAGUACGUAUUUCGAGGAGAUGUUAGCUUACACAAAGAUGCUGACUGCACCCCAGCCUCUGCUCACAGACCUUGCAGAUAGUUUUCGAAUUCUUAGCAUGGAAGUUCAUGUAGCUGACAAAGUAAUACAGGACUGCGUGGUCAGUGUCGAAGUCUGCCUGCAAAGUUUCUUUCCACGUGACAUCAUAUGUGAUGGUGCUUCGAUUUCGGUAGAGGAAUUCAAAAAGCCUACGGUUGUAGUAAACAAGAGAAAGAGUUCCAAAGCCUUGCUAGACACACGCAUUGAAUUAUUGUCGAGGUGUACAGUUGAUGAUAUGAAACCUUCAGACCCAUGCUUAGCUCGUUUACCAACUUAUUCUUACCUCGAUUAUAACCAGGAUAAAAGCUCAUUCACUGCAAGUGUGGUGAAUAAGAACUCGAAACCUUUGAUCAAGCGAUCAGACAGUGCUAAGCAUAGAAAACCAUCUGCGAACGUCAAAGGAGAUUUCAGCAAGUGUUUAUCAUACGGAAUUUUUAUUUUGAAACCUGGUGAAAAUACGUUCAUUGUUAGUGGACGAGUGGAUCAUCCAGGAGUCUACAAAAUUGGGCAACUUUCGUUGAUCAUUGAAAACAAAUUGGAGUUUUUAACUCCUGUUCUGAAUCCACCAUUAUCUUACGAAGUAGCUAAAACUCAGCCGACCAUAUUUUUACAAUGCACCAGAGAUCUAUUGGCUGGUCUUCGUCAGGAAUUAGAACUAGUCAUUUCAAGCGGCAGUGUAAAAAUAAUGGAAAAUUCCAAAAUGAAAUUGAGAUCCUCUCGAGGCCUGAGUCUUGAACGGGUUAACGACAAGCGAAUGAUGACCAGAGAGUUGGAAAUGUCAUUGCCAUCUUGCGAACCCUUCAAAAAGACUACUCUGUCAUUAAAAGUAGUGGCCGAACUUCCACCAAAAAAAGAUGCAUCAACUAUCGAGCAUAAGCUGAGCUUGCAAUGUCCAUGGGGCACAGAAGAAAUCAUACCACUAAAUUUUGGACCACCUCUGAUGUCGACCUUCAAACUGCAUACUGCAAAACUUAGGAAAUUCCUUCAAGUUAUUGUAACAGGUUUAACUGCUCUAUGUUUAGAAUUGAGGGAUCCGAAAUUGACGAGUAAUACCUCAGCCGACGUUAGUUUCAAGGAUUUGAAUCCGCUGACUUGUCAAAAGUUAGUUAUCCGGAACGGAAUGAAUGUUUCCUUCAUGUGGGAACUAGAAAUUGGCAAAGAUACGAAAUCCACAGCACCCAUAAAGACUGACUUUAGUAUGAAAUAUAGUCAGAUAAAUCUAUUUGAAGAAUUGGAAGAUUGGAAUGCCAAUGAUGACCCAUUACAUAUUCAGAAGCUUAAUAAAAUGGAACAGAAUGGAGAAAUUUAUAGGUGCAAUUUUGACAUUGUAGAUUACGUGACGCUCUUUGUUGUUCAUUCAAAAGUAGAAGCCAGUGGAGGUGGAGGAGAAUUCUGUCGAGCAGGUAGUAUGUGCCAUCUUUGUUUGACUGUUACCAAAAUGGUCAACAGUCCAUCGCCGAUUCCGACUCCUCAGUUGAUGUAUGAAGUUUUGGCCGACCAAACAAUGUGGGCUGUUUGCGGACGCACCGCAGGUGUUGUCUCGUUAGAAACUCUUGAAAAACAAAGCGUGACGCUUGAUGUCAUGCCACUUACUAGUGGGUACCUUCCAUUACCUGUGGUCAGACUAUCUAGAUACAUACCAGCUGCUGAGCUCAAGAGUGAAAUGUCUCGUAAAAAUGAAGUAGCAGGGGGUCCGCGCCUAGAACCGUUCAGUCCUGGGCAAGUAUAUAACGCAAGUAAAGCCCAACAAGUUCAUGUUCUACCUGCAGCGCCACUAGAAAGUAAUUAAUUAAUCGAACGAACCCCUCAGUAGCGGAAGUCUGUUAAGGCAUAAAUUAUAAGAAAACACCAGAAACGUGAUGGAAUCAUGGCUUUCUCUUAUUUUCAAGCUCAACUAUUGAAGAACCCGAUAUUUAACCAGAUAUUCAGUGUAAAAUUAAUCGAAUAGGUAAGCGAACAUCACUUGUAUAAUUUGUUGGUUCCAUCGAUUCUCAUUUUUUCAUUUUUAUUCAAGGCUCGAAACAUUUGAUCAAGACUUAUUGUAUGUCUGAGAUACGUUCAUCACACUGAUAUUCCGUAAUUAUUUGAAAAAAAUUCCCCCUGGAAGACAUUCGUCUACUUCGUAUUUUGAUUGAGACUCAAUCGAUCAGACAAAAAAUUACAGAAUAAAGAUAACUCAUUUCAAACUUGUUUAUUUUCUCAAGAAUGUGAAAAAGAUUUUGUCAAUAUCUAUGUGUAAUUGUAGAUAGUGUGGAAUAUUCGAUACCAGUUCGAACUCUAUUGAAUUCUGCGAAGCCCAAAGUAUACAUGUAUAUGCUCUGAUGUUCAGAAGAGACGGAUACACUGCGAUGGUUUAUCCCCCCUCCCCCAACUUACGUUUUGAUAAAACUGCCUUAAAAAUAGGCACUUAGAUAUUAGAUGCUAUGAAAUAAAUGAAUACUAAACGACAUUCACGACAAGUAAAGAUAAUAGUAGAAUACAGUAUAAAUAAUUACAUACCCAUGGCUGCUGUGCAAUUAUUGGUUAAAUCUGAGAUGAAUAUUUUUCAAAUGUUGCCAUCUAGCCUAUUGUUAACAUUAUUUUUUAGUCAAUAGGUACAGUUUUACUUGUAUAUACACGUUAACAUGAAAACAUCAAUACUCGUUGAUGGAUAUUACUCUUUCUACACAUGAGAGCAAUCAUAUUACACAUUGUUUUUUCAUAAGUUAGAUAAGUUGAUACGUUUCAUGAAGGCUCUUUCAACAAAGCUACCUUGCUAUUUUGUUAUAUUGCAUAAAAAAUUUUUAUAUCAUUUGAUUUUUUUCUUGAUAACACAUAAUGUAACAUUCGUCGGACCAGCUAUUGUAAAUCAAUGCAUUGGAAGAAUAACAUGCAGAGUAAAGCAAAAAAGAUAUUGCCAACAAAUAAUGUUUGAGCGUCAUAGUUACUGUGGGUCUAAAGACUGUUGAAGUAAUGGAAAAUGUUCUUACAUAGCUAGAAAUUGACCAAUAUAAUGCUGAGCUAUCGCAUAUGAAAUGUUGUCACGCAUGUAAUGUUAUACAUAUAUUCUUCUAUAAUAAUAAUAUGUAUAUAGGCUUGUGUAUA